GGGCUGGGGGAGAGGCUGACAGCACUGGGGCAAGACGGGAAGAGUAAUGUGAGAGGGGACCGGACAAGAGGAUUACCGGGGGCGAUGCCAGAGCGAGCGGCGCUCUCCCUGUGAUAUGGGGAUGGAGAACCAGGAGCUGAUCAGCGCAGCGGAGAUUAUCAAGGAUCGCUUGUACUUUGCAACCUUGAGGAACAAACCAAAAAGUACCAUAAACACGCACUACUUCUGUACUGACGAGGAGCUGGUGUAUGAGAACUUCUAUGCAGAUUUUGGGCCUUUGAACCUUGCGUUGCUCUACAGAUACUGCUGCAAACUCAACAAGAAACUCAAGUCUUUCAGUUUGUCAAGAAAGAAGAUUGUCCACUACACAAGCUAUGAUCAGAGGAAAAGAGCCAACGCGGCCUUCCUGAUUGGUGCCUACGCAGUCAUCUACUUGAAGAAGACCCCAGAAGAAGCAUAUAGGGCGCUACUAAGCGGUUCCAGUCCCCAGUAUCUUCCUUUCAGAGAUGCUUCUUUUGGAAACUGCACUUACAACCUCACCAUCCUGGAGUGUUUGCAGGGCCUCCGCAAGGCGCUCCAUCUCGGGUUUUUUAACUUUGAAAACUUCGAUGUGGAUGAAUAUGAACAUUAUGAGAGAGUGGAGAAUGGGGAUUUCAACUGGAUUGUCCCUGGGAAAUUUCUGGCAUUCAGUGGCCCUCAUCCAAAAAGCAAAAUUGAAAACGGUUAUCCCCUCCAUGCACCAGAAGCAUACUUCCCAUAUUUCAGAAAACACAACAUCACCGCCAUCAUCCGACUCAACAAGAAGAUUUACGACGCCAAGCGUUUUACAGAUGCUGGCUUUGACCACUACGACCUGUUCUUUGUAGAUGGCAGCACCCCCAGCGAUGGCAUAGUACGGCGAUUCCUGAACCUCUGUGAGAAUACAGAUGGGGCUAUUGCUGUUCACUGUAAAGCUGGUCUCGGCAGGACAGGUACCCUGAUUGCCUGUUAUAUCAUGAAGCACUACAGGUUCACCCAUGCUGAAGCAAUCGCUUGGGUUAGGAUAUGUCGACCUGGUUCCAUCAUUGGACCCCAGCAGCACUUUUUGGAAGAGAAGCAGGCGUGGCUGUGGUUGCAGGGAGAUCUCCACAGGAGUAAACAGAAACAGAUCCAACUGGAAGAUGGGACUGUGAACCGCAUCUUAUCUGAAUUUGAAGAUUUGUCUGUCAGCAACAGACUCAGUCGCCAUCACAGUGUGGACAGAUCAGGGGAGAUUGAUUCUGAGGAUGAAUUGGAACAGAAAAAUGGAUUAACGCAGGGAGACAAAUUACGUGCCUUAAAAAGCAGAAGACAGCCAAGGUCGGCUACGACAGGAGCUCUACGGCUAGAGGAAAUGAAACCGCACACCAGAUCAACAUCCCAGCCUUUCAGAAUAAUCGCCUCUAACAGUUCACAAGGCUCUAUGUCCCCAUUGAAGUCAUCUAGAGUCUCUGCGUCCACCUCAGCAGUUGCAAGACGAGUGGGGCAGAGUUCAGGGUCUUCAAGCAGCAAGAUCAAAAGUUAUUCUGUAAGCUCACGGUUUGCUGGCUCGCUUGGGAAUCUGAACUCUGCUCUGGAAGAGAUAGACAGCUCGCGCAGUUCCCCUCCCUCCCGCCCCAGCUACUCCCCGGCUCACCCUUCCAGCUUGUACCCCUCCAGUCCUCUUGGCCGAAGCCAAGGCGAGCUCAACAACAACCGUAACUGGAAUGUGUCUACUGCUGGCAAUGAUUCACACGGAUCCUUCCGACCCUCAUACACGGGCCUCACUUCCACUGCACGUUAUCUCAGCCGCUCUAUUCCUUCCCUUCAGUCUGAAUCUGUUCAGUUCUAAAGGUUCCCACGCAGCCGUUAACCCCUUCCCCGUCGCGAAUCCGUGGAGAAACGGAAGUGAAGCAAACAAAAGGAAUCCAUUGUCCAGAUAGCAUUUGAAGCUUAAUGAAAGCCAAUGAAAGCGUGCUUCUGCCCACUACUGACAUACGCUUCCCUGCUACUGACUGUUUUUUUUAUUAUCACGUCUGAUUAAUUUUUAUCGUAUGAACUGGAUUUUAUAUGGAAUUUAUUUUUUUGUAGAAUUCAACGGUGGUUUGUACAUAUUUGGUUUGAAAAUAUGAAUGUGCGAAUAGGAAAAUACUGAGGUAUAUUUAGGUGUAUGUACAUAUCUAGUAAAUUGGCACGCUUAGGACCAUGUAGCUAGAAUGCUGGAUUGCCAGUCCAUUGGAAGUCGACAACGGCAUGUGUAGUAUAGCAGUGGGAAGGUCAGACCUUUCCCAAUACUUCCCCACUGGUUAGGGUCCAAGGUUUCCUACUGGUAUUCUACUUAUGCACCUACUGCAAAGCCUUGGUAGAUGUAGUAGGGAAGGAGCUUAGCGGUAUAGGAAGGAGUGCAUCUUUCCGACAUACUGUGUAAGAGAGUUCAUACAGUACUUUGCACUUAAAGGGUCCCUGAGUUUUCAGAGACAUAUCUAAAGUUUUCAGUGUGUGAGUGGCGAGACCCCCACCUAUUGCUAGAACGAGGAGAGAGAACUCUUGCAUAUCGCGCUCUCUCUCCUUGGAAGUGAGACAGACUCGAUAGAAAGUCUGUUGAGCCAUCUCGUUUCCGUCUUUUGCAGCGAGUAGAAAGAGCAUGCUAUGCGAGCACUUCUCUCUUCUUUUCUGCGCGAUGGACACCUCUCGGACCCUUUCCGAUCAAAACUUUUCAUAUAUCUCUAUGACGUAUCUUAAGUUUUAUGAUAACUCAGUAACCCCUUAAAAACUCUUUUACACAACCAUAAUACGGGCACAUUUUCGCAUCUGUAUUACAGCCAGAAUAUAAGGACCUGCUGCAGACUAAACUGACUUAAAGGUCCCUUUACACGGGAUGAUAUUACAGCAGAUUGUCAGGAAGGAAGCGUUCCUUCCCAACAAUCUGCUGAUUGCUGGUGGGGAGGAGCGAUCGCUAAUGCCAUUGCUCAUCCCCAUAACGACUUGUUUCCCUACCGCAGAUUAUGUUUACACAGCACAAUCUACUGUCGGGGGAAAAAGGAUUUUUGUGUUUGCACAAACGAUCCGAUUACCUGAUGAACGAGCGUUUCACUAAUCGGCAGUACAUUUAUUUACACUGCCAGAUCAUCGCUAACGAGCGUUACUAAAAAACGCUUAUUAGCGGUGAUCUAUGGAAUUCUCAGCCUGUGUAAAGGGCCCUUUAGAUCGUCAUGAUUUAUGUCUGGUUCAUAGCGGAUGUAAUAGAGGCGCUACUCUCCCCCUUAUGAUGGCUGUGUAUGUGCACAAUGUCCUGAAAGGCUGAAUCACAACAAUCUGGCAUUGGAACUAUUUGUCACUGUGUGUGUAUAUUUAUAUAUCUAUAUAUAUUGUAUAUUUAUAUAUAUAUUGUAGGUUUAUAUAGUAUAUAUUAAUACUCACACACACUCGUAUGUGUAUAUAUACAUACAUUAUAUAGAUGACAAGUUAGAGCGACAUAUCUUAUGAUAUAUAUUUUAAAUUUUUAGCAAUUCUUUGUAACCAAAAAAAUUAGAAGAUCUAUUUUUUCUGUCUAGAAUCAUAUUUUUAUAAUAAUGUUUGCUGUGAAUUAUUUUUUACUUGCAUUGUUGGUGCAGGUACAUUUUAUAAAAAUGCAAUAUUAGAAUAACCUUAUUAGGGCGGUGGUAGAAGUGUCCUGGAAACCAGUGGUUGUUGGAGAUUAGGAGAAUUAUGUGCAGAUUUUUAUAUUUAGAAUUGUUAUAAACGUAGAUGUUCAUCUUGAUCCAGGAUGAGCAUCUUGGGACAUGUCAUUUGGCGGUAGUGUAGAAUUCCUAUUUCUGUUGUCUUUCCAGUCAACUUUUUUUUUCUACAAAGGGAAAUGUGAAUUAAUAACAUGAUAUAAAUGGGUCAAAUGCCAUAGCAACCAAUUCACUUUUUAACCUUGAUCAACCUUGUUUGCUUAAAAUGAAAGUAAUUGUCUUUAAUAGGUUGCUGUACAUGUGCACUAUUCAUACCAUGUUAUUAAAUAGGGCUGGUAACAGCUCUCCCAUAUAUCAUGUGUUUUGAUCUGUACCAUAUAAUAAUGUGCAGAAAAUAAAUUUAUUGGGUUGUAUGAGAUUAAAAGAGCAUGGCUGCUUUUAUCAAAAAUAGCGCCACUUUUGUCCAUAGGCUAGGUCUGGUAUUACAAUUCAGUGGUGCUGAACUGCAGGCGAUGGGGAGGAGUGGGGCCAUGCUUUUCUAAUCUCAUACAACCCCUUUAUGUGUAUUCGCUAGGACAGUGGUCUGUAUCCUGUUUCUCUUUCAAAUGAAAACGUUUCUGAUGGCGGUAAAAUACCACAAGUUGCUGAUCGCUGCUCUAGCCUAUAAGACUUUUAAGCUGGCCCUACACAUUAGAUUACUGUCAGCCGUAUCCACUGAUGUUGUCAGGACUAAAUGUGUGUAGGAGGAGGGCCUCCCGACUCUCCCUGGUGGAAGAUGCAGUAUAAUUGAAGACAAGGAUCAGGCUGUUGUAUUUCAACAUGCCUGAUCCUUUUGUUCUCAGACUUGACAUUCAUGCUCGGCUGAGCGUGUCUCUUGUGUAUGGCUGGCCUUGUUUUGUGAAAUAUAUUUGUUAUAAGAAUGAAUUCUUUACAGUGGAAAUGUAUAGAAUUAGUAUUUUAUAACACUAGUAGCGCUCAUUUUUUUGAGAACUGGUGAAAAUGGGAAGCAGGGAAAUCAAUCUGAUCGCUGCUCUCCAUUUGCUACCUGCUGUAAAGGAAUGACUGCUAGUUUUUUAUUAGUUGCCACAGGUAACACUUCCACUUUGCUCUGGUCAGUGGUCCGUGAAAGAUCCGUGUUUGGUCCGUGUCUCCAUUUUUUGCUCUCCGUGUGUCAUCUGUAUUUAAAGGACACUGAUAGGCUGAAAAUUAAUUUCCAGAGCAUCUCCUAUCAAUGGUCUGUGAAAACCCAAGGACCAAACACAGAUGUGAUCCGUGUUGUGUCAGUGGUUUUCAUGGACACACAGACUAUAAUGUGCGUGAGGGAUCCGUAAUCAUGGACACAAAUAGGGCAUGCUUCCGUGGUGUAAUAGGUCAAUGGAAAACCACUGAUGUGUGAAUACACACAUUAAAAUCAAUGGAAACGUGAGUGGCCUGUGGAGACUACGGACAGCACACAUCCGGGAUUCACUGACCUGCGGCCUUUCACAUGAGAAAUACAGAUCGUGUCAGGAUCUGUUUAGGGAAAAACUGAUGGUUUUGCUUGCAAGUUGAAUACGUUUUGUCUGCGAUUGUGUAAUUUUUGUCAAUGCUGAGGCAAUCAGUUUUUGAUGCGUGGAGAGAAACUGCAGAAUAAGGGCUCAUUCACACAACCGUAGGCAUAUGCGGAUCCGCAAUACACAGGCACCGUUCCAAGUGCAUU